AAAAAAAAUAAAUAAUUAGAAAAAAAACAGGCCGCCCUAGAUUUUCUUUGCUCAAUAAGAUUAAACUCAGUCGUUCAACGUUCUCUGGUGACUGGAACCGGAAUGGAAGAGGAAGAUGGGAAAUAUGAGAAGGGGCUUGACAUUGGCGUUCACAUCGUCGGCUCGCUUCCCACGAUCAUCUACAUCCCUGAUUUCAUCUACCAAUCCGAGCAAUCGCAGCUUCUCCACGACAUCUACGAGGCACCAGCCUCCAGAUGGAAAUCGUUGAAGAACCGGAGACUGCAGAACUGGGGUGGCGUUGUCCACGAGAAAGGAUUGCUGCCACAACCAAGUAUACCUGGCUGUGUGGCUCGGGUCCAUUGCUUACAUCUAGUGCCAUCUUGGCUCACAAAGACAACUCAGAGAAUAUGCCAAAAGACAGGCUUGUUUCCAUCUGCAAUUAACCAUGUGCUCAUUAAUGAAUAUCUACCAGAUCAAGGAAUUAUGCCACACCAAGAUGGUCCUGCCUACUUUCCUGUGGUUGCAAUUUUAUCACUCGAGUCACCUAUUACAAUUGAGUUCACACCCCAUCCAAGAUCAAAGGACAAAGAUUUGAGUGUUAGUGAAACAGCUAUUGGUCAACAGGAUAGUCCAUCAAUCAAUUCAGAUGAGCAUGACAGUUUCUCUAUUCUUUUGAUGCCUCGAAGUUUAUUAAUAUUCAAAGAUCAUGCCUAUACAGAUUAUCUUCAUGGAAUACAAGACUCUGUAUCACUCAAUUUGGACAAGGUUGUUAACACUGCACAAGUCAUGGAACUAAAGGAGACAGAGUUGCUGCAUGGUGACGUUAACAUGAGCCAAAGUAUCAUGUUUCGCAGAACUUCAAAGAGAGUGUCGUUAACUUGCCGCUUGGUACUAAAAGUUCACAAGAACCUGUUCAAGUUUUAGCAACAUCUCUUGCAAACAGAGUUGAUCAAUCAUGUUUUUUGGUGUAGCCAUAUUGAAUGCAUGUUGAUAAGGUUAUUAUUUUGUUAAGGGCUGUUCUAUAACUUGAAGUGCUUUGUUUAGUUUCAAAGGGAUAGAAAGGAGAAAGUAGAGUUUUGGGAUUUUGGUACUGCUCCAUCUAUUCCAUUUUUCACUUGCAUUUUUCUUCA